ACAUUGUAUUCGAUGCUGCGCCCCUUCAGUCCACACACAACAUAUCCUAUUCGUCUACAGCUAGUAGUCGACUCGACAGACUGGUGUCUGAGAUAGGUGUAACCUUUGAGUACUUGUUAUAAGUUCCAAGGGUAGCCACCCAUAUUACCACUUACUUUGGUGUGAUGUGCCAUUGUUGUACCUUUGCAGCACAUCUCCCUUGUCCUUUACUGAUCUCGGUUACCCCGAGCGUACAAAAAUCCUGUCCACCCCAAUCGAGAUCAACCAAUAUGCCAUCCCAACAGUUCGAAAAUCUCCCACAAAUACAAUGCAUGGAUGAUGCACGCUUCCCUAACUGGUCAUCUGACUGCUAUGGCUAUCCCUAUGCCGACAAGCAACACCCAUCUGGCUUCAGCAUCGUCGACGAUAACGUAUAUCUCGGCCGUCUCGACGAUGGCACAAUGAGCAUGCAGCCAAUGCAGCGCUUCAUGUUCGACCCAUCACCACAAUCCCUUGGUCUGCUGCACGCCAACAUACCAGUGCACAGUCAGCACCAGAAGCAUUACGUUCCACAAUGGCCUUCGAGCGAGUGCUACCGCAACGCAUCGCCUGACCGGACGUCAAUCUCUGGAAUAUCAAGCUACGCUUCGCAGAACGAAGUGCCAUCGCCACAUGCCUACAACGCUGUCUCCUAUGGUAGUCCCAUAGACUUCUUCCAGCCUUCGCUACCAUACAGCACCACUGAGCAGUUCAGCGACAUCUCGUAUAUGUCGGGCACCUCAGGUGCAAGCAUCAGUCUCAAAGAAAUUGAGUACGCCCACCAGGAGCCCGAACCCCCAAUCCAAGAGGCCGAAUCCGCCGACAUCAAGCAGGAAGCUACUAUCGAAUCCGAGCAACCGUCUGUCAAGACAGAGACUGCCCCCGAUACAUACAGGGAGUAUACAGAUUCCGGUAUCGGCAACUCCGUCCGCGAUGCCGAGUCAGUCCAGCCAGUCGACUUUAAAGAUGAGUCUGCUUCAGACUCAGACUACAGCCCAACCCACCGGGGUAACAAGCGCAGGAGGUCUGCUCAACACACCGCUAGAGCCCCAAGGCGACGCGGUGGCGCUCGCAAAGACUCAGUGGUGAGCUCGUCGAGCUCUAAUAAAUUAAGUCGCCGACCUCGAGGUGCCUCCAAAGCCAACAUCGAAACCCAACACCAAGACGACCGCCGACCCUUCCCCUGCCCACUCGCCGCUUAUAACUGCACAUCGACCUUCUCUUCCAAGAAUGAGUGGAAGCGCCACGUCAGCACUCAGCACAUCAAACUCGGCUAUUGGCGAUGCAAUCUCUGCGCUCCCACCACUGACCCCAACGACGCCUCAGUACUGUACUACAAUGACUUCAACCGCAAAGACCUCUUUACGCAACACCUGCGCCGCAUGCACGCCGCACACGGAUCCGGUGCUCGCCACAUGAAAGAGCAUCCCAUCAAUGAAGACAACAUCCAGGAGCACCAGACGCGCUGUUACUUGCAGCUUCGCUGCGCUCCACAGCAGUCGAUCUGUCCAUUCUCUGGCUGCGACAGAGAUUUCAUUGGCCCAACGAGCUGGGAGGAGCGCAUGGAACAUGUUGGGCGCCAUCUUGAGAAGGACAGGAAGAGUGGCGCAGAUAUGCUCGAUACUGCGAGUUGGAAGGUCGAUACCGCUCUUGAGCAAUACCUCAUGAACGAAGACUUGAUUGUCUGGGAGCAUGGCGCGUGGAAGAUUGGCGACGGCAAGUCGCGACGAGUUGGCAGUGAGUCCAGCGAUGAGGACUACUGAGGUGAUCGGGAUAUUGGAACUAUGCUACGAAUUUCUUUACUCGAUAGAUACCCUGAGGCGUUCGAGAUACGUGCGCACAUUUCUUUUCUUUCGGUAGAUGCACUUCUUGGUCUCUUCGCAUAAAUCGGCCUAGGUCAUGAGCAUAAUGCAUACUGCUUUUCUACGCACCAGUG